UUCAUUGGCUCAAAACAAGUAAUAUGCAAACCAGCUGCCUCAUUUCUAUGAAAACUCCUCACAUAAGCACAGGUGAGAGCAGAGUUUGCCUUUGUCUCAUACUUCUUUUGGUUUUUAUUGAUGAAACGAAACCUCAGAAUUGGCAGGAUUCCUAUGGCAGAAUGAAUUGCACAAGAGCACUGAAUACGUUUGUCAGUAACCCUCAGCCAACUGCGAUGCCAGUCGACCUUGCCAUGUGCUUAAGCCUGAGCCAGCGCUGGUGACUUUAUCAGCUUAUAAACACGAAACCUACUUUGCAUUAUUAUCCGCCCACUGACAGUCCACAGAGGACCAGCUUUCACUCUUCCCAUCAAGCCUCCUCUUCCCCGUCCCCCGCUUCGAAUCUCUCGUCGCCCUCGCCUUCCUUAAAAAUUCGGAGCUGUCUCCACAGGGAAGCCGGCGGCCUCGGCAAGAAGCGUGUGGUGUUUGCAGACGCCAAAGGACUGGCCCUCACUGCGGUGCAUCUAUUUUUUGCUGAUACCUCCUCCUUAACUGAGACACAUCUAAUAGAAUCUUGCCCAAAUAAACUGCCCGACUCGAAAAAGACACAGAACCACAAGUAUCGUCUGGGCUUUCCUCAGCCGACUCUAGACUCCAAAGCGUUCCUCGCACGCCUACGAGAGACAAAUGUACAGUUGGAAAGCUGCAACAUUUCUGAAUGCUCCCUUAGAGGCAAAGUGCUCAUCUGCCAUGGGAGCACUGACAAGGCCGUGCACUUAAGGCUCACCUUUGACUCCUGGCAGCACUAUUACGACAUCCCAUGCGUGUUUUUGCAACAGCAGCGGUGCGGCGGUUCUGACAUGGAUGUUUUUACCUUCGACUUGAGUUUACCUCAGGACAUAAAGCCAAUGGAGGGAAUAGAGUUUUGCGUGUCUUUCAGGCCUGGAUGCGGCACAUCGAUGCACUGGGACAACAACAAAGGGAAGAAUUACAAGGUGCACAUGGACAAAGAUGCUGGACAGUCCUACCCUUCUCUUCUCAAGCACUGACCACCAUCUUGGACUUCUUAUGUGGCCCUCAGUAUACAGAACCAUGCGGAGCUAAGCUUCUUCAAAGGAGGUUCACGUAUUGAGUCUGAGCGGAAUAGAAACCUCUUUGUUCAGAUAAAUAGACCAGAUGACAGUAGUCUAGUCAAAAGAGCUACGAGGACAUAUAAAUAAUGGAAAUAAUGAAUAUGCACGGUGAAAUGGCCACUGCUGGAUGGAUGUUGUAGAGUGCCAUAGCUCAGCUACCCUGCUGAAAUGUGAAUAUUUAAACGUUGAAUUUACAAUUAAGCUCUUGUCACCCGAACAUCUUUAGCACACUUUUCAAAAAUGACAAUUUGAACUAGAGGGUUUAAAGUGUUCAUUUUGGUUUUUUUUCUUUGGGGGCGGGGGGGCUUCUUUCCCUCAGAACAGAGCAGCUCUCCUGCUGAAAAGGGAAUAAAUCAUGUAAGAUUAUAAAUAAAACAUUUUUUUGUCUUG